AUGAAUAAGAUUCAUACUGAUAUCUUGAAAGAUACACCAUUCCAUUACGUUUGUAAUGUUCAUAAGGAAAGAUUGAUUCCUAUUUUGAAAGAUCACAACAUUUCUGAUCAAUGUAAAGAGAUUGGUAAACAGAUAUUGAACAACACAAAGCGACCUUUGAGCCAACAUGUGGAUGUUCUUAUCCCUCAAAGAAAAAGAAGUGAAUUUGAAAAGUUACAAAUUGAGCAAUUUAAACAAUUUUUUGGUAAAAAGUAUCAAGAGCUGCAGACGAAGCAACAGUCGUCAAGACAUCAAGACAACAACAAUAAGCCAGCAACUGUCACAGAAAAAUUUACCACGACUUCAAUUACAAGCUCAUCUGCAGCAAAUAAGAUUUUGGAACUUAUUAAAAUUGAAGAGUCAUAUGUUCACUCGCUCGAAGAAUUGGUCAGUAAAAUAAUGAAGCCACUAAGAGACUCGAUCCAUCAUGAAACACCUAUCCUUGACCGAUACCUGUUCAAACGUAUCUUUCUCAACAUUGAAGACAUCCUGCAUGUCAAUUCCAAAUUUUUAGAUUCAUUACAUGAAUAUCAGUCUGGAAAAUCAAAUGAAUCGUUUGGACAAAUUUGUGAUAGAUACAUGGAUACCUUUGAACCUUAUAAAACUUAUUUCUUGAGUAAACAAGAUGCUUGGAAAGUUCAUCAACAGACCAGAAAGAAUAACCGGGCUUAUUCGAAUUUUGUCAUCAAUACAAAGAGUAAAGAAAACUAUAGAAUCCCAGAUUUAUUGGCACUUCCUGUCCAUCAUAUGCCACGAUAUGUAUUAUUUUUUAAUGAAUUGCUUAGUAUGUUGGACCCUCAGGAUCAAGAAGCAUACUAUUUACGAUCAGCUUCAGAGAAAGCUAGAAUUAUUAAUGACAUGCAAUAUGGCACAGACUCGCCAUUAUUACCAUUAUAUACACUUAUAAAAAAUGCUCCGACUACUUUUGUUGGUAAACGCCAAUUAUUAGGUCAUUUUGAUGCCACAGAACUUUUUAUAUCAUCCGGUAAAGUCAAUAGACCUGUAACCAUUUUGGUAUUCUCGGACAAGAUUGUGGUCAUCAAACGAAAAAGUCACUCGAUACAAGGAGAUGAUUACUUUAGAAAUAUCGAAGAAAGCAUCAACACUGAAAAGCCAGUUUCUCAGCCCUUUGAAUUCAAGGGUUGGGCAGACAUUCGAUCCAUUGAACUGUUUAAUGGCUUAAAAGAUCGUCCCGAAACUUUUUUCCUUAGAACUUAUUUACCUGAACAAGAUCCAAACACUCCUGAGAAUGAUGCCGACAAUUACUUUAGAAAGAGUGAUAGACUAUAUGCAAUGGUCUCAAAGGACGCACCUUCUUCUUGCAUUGAAAAGAAGAAGGAACUUUUAGAGCUAUGUCAAAGACAGUAUGCGAUAGCAAAGUUGACUGAAAAAACUGAACUGUACUGUGAUCAUAACAACUUUACUAUCUCUGCUUUUGCAAAUAUUUAUAAUGAUGAAAAAACAUACAAACAAGCCGAAUAUAAGAACAAUAUCUUAAUCAUUUAUAUUGAAAACGAGAAAAUCGAUUUGAAUUCAUUUGUAACAGAUGAUGUAUGGAUCGUAAUCCUAGUCAGAAAAGAAGGUAAUGGAUAUAAGCAAACUAUUCGCUCAAGAGUGAAUUUGAUACCUAUUCGCGAACUAAGUCGCGAGCUUGAGUCUGAAUUUAUCAUAAAGGAUGACAUUCGUUCCCAUGGUAAAUCACUUGACUUUAUCAACACUUUAUGGAAUAACUGCUUCUUUUACGAACGAAGGCUUCGCGCUACUGAAGCUUACUCUUGUAUCCAUGAUGGGCUAUUACGUCAAAGAGCAAGGACUCGUUCUAGAUCGAGAUCUCUCACUAGAGUUGCAAGUAACAUGAGCAUCGGGCGCCUGUUUGGUGCCAGAUCCCGCUCUUCCUCUCCUUCUAGAAGCUCUAUUUCAACCACAGAGCGUUUGUCUCAAGAUUUAAUCCUUGACCAAUCCACAAUCCACGUACCUAAUCCUGUCCUCAAAGUGGCCACAGUGAAUAAACAUAGUACGCCUCCUGCAACACCUGUCAGCCCAAAUGGCUAUUAUACUGCAGCUCUUGAUGGUGUCACAGCAUCAAGAGCCCCCAUGGCUGCAACACCGCCACGGAACAAUGAUCUGUUUACUAAAGAAGAUUCUCAAUUCACAGACUCCUUUAACGAAUUUUCAACAAGUUUUGAAGAAGGUGAUGCCUUGUAUGGAGGUCAAAACCAGUACCAAGAUAAUUCAUUUUAUCGUCCUUCUCUUUAUCACGGCCAUAACAAGAGUAACAGCUUUGAUGCUAUGCUGUUCCAGCCGUCAUCACCUGAAUCAUUAUCGAGGCCAUCGAGUGGCACAAGUCACAAUAGCACCUUUGAUGAUUAUGCAUUCAGCCCAGCUGAUUCUGCGUCUUUGUUGUCAAGCAGAAAGAAUAGCGAAAACAGUCCCUUGUAUAAUUCUGUUAGUAGCAACAGCACGAGUAGUGUGUUCAGCUAUAUGGAUGAAAAGAUAAACGAGUAUUUUGCUUCACGAGAUAGAUACAGUCUAUCCACUGAAAGAUUUGGAGACAACUCUAAAGCUGCAGGAGGUUACCGUCGAAGGCAACCCCUUCACCCUGUGUUUUACAAUCAACCGCAAGCAAGCCAAGGUCAAUGCCGUGAUUACUCUUGUGUAAAUGUGCCUCAAAACGUACCUGAUGUGGCUAUAGAAAACAUUCAUCAGCUGAAGAACGAGGUGAACAGUAUACUUGAUAGCAUGAUACAAUCCCAACAACAGAUGAGAGCUCAGCCAAAUAUGGGCCGAUACUAUAAUAAUAACACAUUUGAAAGUGUCAAAGGACUACGUUCUCACAUUAUCUCAAAGAUUGAUGAAUUUAUGAAUGAUUUGGAGCACCAAAAUCAGCAAUGUUUAUCAUUCCGUUAA